GAGGAAGAGUAAGGUACUAAACAUAUCAAUAAUAUAACAUAUACAAUGGCCAAAAAGGAAAAGGUAUCGAAGUCAGAAGAAGCUUCUGGUGAAGACAACUACGAAAAGAGAAUGUCUGCCGUUUUACCAUUUGCUAAACCAUUAGCUUCCAAAAAGUUAAACAAAAAGAUAUUGAAGACCGUCAAGAAGGCAUCCAAGGCCAAGCAUGUCAAGAGAGGUGUCAAGGAAGUCGUCAAGGCUUUGAGAAAGGGUGAAAAGGGAUUGGUUAUCAUUGCAGGUGAUAUCUCUCCUGCUGAUGUCAUUUCCCAUAUCCCUGUCUUGUGUGAAGAUUCCUCCGUUACCUAUGUUUUCAUUCCUUCCAAGGAAGACUUGGGUUCUGCUGGUGCCACCAAGAGACCAACUUCUUGUGUUAUGAUCAUCCCAGGUGGUGGUAAGUCCAAAAAGAACUCAGACAAGACCGAUGACUACAGGGAAGCUUAUGAUGAAAUCGUCAAGGAAGUUGCUUCUUCUGAUUAAACGGAGAGUGUAUGCAUCUGAUUAGAUGUAUUGCUUUCUAAUUUACUUUUUCCACCAUCAUAUAUCAAACCUCAUAUUGAAUAAAACCACACCAAAGGUGCACCACCUUCAAUAUUUGUUAACAUCAUUGUCGAUCUAACCUGGUCAUUUCACCCACUUUCUACAUCCCACUUUCUAUAUUGUAAUUUUAGUAGAUAAAAAUAUAUAAAACAGUUUCGUAUAAA